AUGUUGACUUUCAAAUCGCUUUCACCGUCACGAACCUCCUUGCCAAUCCUCCAACCAUCGGGAGCGAUGUCUGCCCCUACUUCACCUUACCCAUUUUCAGGUGGUGUAUCACUUUCCUCAGACUCAAUCAGCUAUUUCCCGCCCAACCCAACUGCGAGAGGUCAAGGAAAGAAAACAUCAAAAGAAGAGGCUUUGAGAAAUGUGAAAGCUCUCGAAGAAGUCUUAUCAGCAUGGAACGAAUAUCGUCUUGCCACAUCAGCAUUGGGUAGAUCAGGUAGGAAACUGGCUGGAGCAUUGAAAGAUUUUGCUGCUAAAGGAGGUGAUAAAGCUGAUAUACCAUCUCAGACGAUACGUCCAACAGCAGCCUUGAUAGAUACUAUUGCAGAUCUGACUUUGAAGCUAUCAAGGAGAAUAGACAAAGAAUAUGAUGAGAUCAAUUCGGAGUCAUCAAAGUAUUUCACUUUAUUAGCUAAAGAGAGUAGGACGCACGAUGCAUACAUGAGUGCGGUAGGAAAGAGACACGAUAAAGCUGAUAAAGCUUAUAGAAAAGCUACAAAUUCCCUUUCCGAUACUUCAAAUGCGCACGCUGGUCUACUUGCUUUGAAAGAGACUUUGAGUGAAGAUAUCAAUCGUGCCAACGAAGACCAUCACUCCCUCAUAGGCUCAAAACAAUCCCUACUCCUAUUCAAAAUAGCAUCUUCAUCAGGUAUCUUGGCUCAAGACAUAUUAUCUUAUUUCUCAGACGGGUUAAGAAAAGCAGCCGGUGUAUAUCCUGAUAUACAAUAUUUUCGUAUACUCGCAGAAGGGAAAUGGCAAUCGUCUCUUCUACCUUCAUUAGAGGACGAAAUGGCCGAAAACAAAAUAAGAGAGAAUAUUAGAGGAAUGGAAGCUAGAGUAGCUUUGGGCGAAGUAGAGAUCAUCGGCAAAGAUAUUUGGGAUGGUAUAAACUUGCCUGUUCAGAGCGACUCUGCAGUAACGGUGGUCGGUAGUGAUGACAUCGACAUGGUUCCAGUCGCAAAAGGAGACCCGAAGGCAAAAGCUCAAGAAGCAUACUGUACCAAUUUCCCUCAAUUGACUACUAGGAACGGCGUCAGUGGUCACAGAGUUAUCUCUUCUGGAAAAGAAACAAAAGAUGGAUAUUCGACUAAGCUUCAAUUGUCUUCACCCAAAGGAUCAGCUCAUGACGACCGUGAGAUCGCAACAAAGGGAUUGGCAUCUCCUCCUAUUCCCUAUCAUUCUAGACCUUCUCCUCCGGCGGAUCCUUCUGCUGCCCACCGAAUCCAUACCACCGAUAGCACUGCCUCUACAACAUCAGGACAUACCCCUGAUGCGAACGGAACACGUCCGGCACCGUCGCAGCUUUUGUCUCCCUUCUCUAUCCGGAGCGAACACGUACGGGGCACACGGUUUGACGAGAUGGCACCUCGAAUUCAGAGACCCCUGAGUAACCAUAAUGGGGCAUCACCGGGUGCGCAAGAGGUCAAAGAAUUGUCAAUGCCGGUAGAUCCUAACCAACAUAUCGGAGCAGGUCCGAUACCGAUUCAGAGUCAUGACAGGAGAAGACCAGUAUCCAGCUUUUUGUAUAGUACGCAGUGUGAUCGAAUUUACCCUGGUCCUGUAGACUCUCGAAACGAUGGGCGGCCUGGUGAACUUUCAAACAAUUCAGAAGAUGUCUCUUUAUUGGCAAGACAACGGCAUCAGAGACACUCAGAUUUCAUUGAAGGCUGUCAACUUUGUCGAAUUGAUCACGAAAAACUGUGA